GCUGUGGCUGAGGGAAGGUCAAGGAAACGGGUCAAGAUAAGAGAAGUCCCAAUGGAUUUCGAUAAACCUUCUCCCUUCCCUCUCCACGCUGAGCUUUCGCCGGACACCAUGGAUUGGGUGACGGAAAAUUAUGUGAAGCACCACAAGGAGCCCAUUUGCAACCCGAUUCCUGAGGGAGGAGGUGGAGGCCUAUACGGAGGUGGACCUCGAGGGGUGGUGAGCUGGAGACGUUUCACGGAGGAGGUUAUGGAGGAAUAUGUGGAAGUGGGUAUGGGAGUGAGUUAUACAGAGUGCCUGAAGGAGGAGGAGGAGGAGGCUGCAGUGGAGGGGCCGGCGAGCUCAUGGGCGUCCCCGGGGCAUCCAAGAGCACCAACGAAGGCCAAUCACCGAAGGGCAGGACCCGGCUGAUACAAAGUCCCACAGAUUCCUUCGACUUCCUCAGCAGAUACCAACAGGAAGAGGAGGUAUUAGCCCCACCCACGGAAGAGAAUGGAGGGGAAGAAGAAGAUAAAGACGAGGGAAUGACGUGGAGGGAUGAGAGUGUACGGCGAAGAGAGCGUCCGGUGGAGCAAUUGGCCAAAAGGAAUUCAUUCGCAGGGGAUUUUGGCUUCAAAGUGUCCUUCAAGGAGGAAGGGAACGUCAAGAGCUUGCAAGAUGGCGACGGCGCUCAGCACCUCUUUACCAUCGCAGGAUUCCCGAUCUCCAUCCGAAUCGAACACUCCGCCCCCUCCGACACGCCCAUCAGGUUUCUGGUGGUGUUUACGGAUCCCUCUCACUCGGCCACGCCCAUUCGCCUCUGCCGGACUCACAAGGAACAGCAGCUCGAGCACGACCUCAUACUGAAGGUUAAAGGGGCGUUUCCGAGCGGCCCGUCCUGGCGACGGAGCCCCACCUCUCCUGCCUGGUGACCCCGUGGGAGGCCGACCCGCAGGUUUUCCACGCGCAGCUCCGCUUCCUCUGCUUCAACUCCUGCUUCAAGAGGAAAUGACCCUCAUCGUCCAGCUGAG